GCGGUCUACUUGAUCUGUUGUGCUAAUAUGAUUCCGGUCCAAGGAGUAAACUAUCUCUCGGGAUCAAUCAUCUUAUUUUUUUCCCUCCUAAAUAUCAGUGCAGCCGUCCGAGAGUCAGUGAUUCUUUGCACAUUGAGCGCAAUAUUCCUUCUAUUUCCAUUUGUUCUACAAAUUUUCGGGAUCAACCAAAUAUCAAAUAGUUUUGCAGCCGGUAAAAUAACAGAGGAGUUUGUAGAAUCAUUCUACAAAGAACACAACUGCUGUUGGCUAAACAGUCCAAAUGCCCCAAGAAGUUGUGUUACCAAUCCAGGGGAUCCUUUCAAGGAUGGAUGUCGCAACAAAAUUGAGAGUACCAGGCUAACUCUGAUGGGACUCGGCGGGAUUUUGGUUGUUUUUGUGUUACAUAGCUUCGUCCUGGCCAUCAUUUUGGCGCGUUCUUUUGGUAAAAAGGAUGCUAAAAAGACAAAAGUUGGACGCGAUUAUACGGUCAACCCCAUUUAAAAGCCCAAUAACCCACGAAAUGUUUGCAAAAGAUUUACAUACA